AUGACAACCGAACAAAACAUUGCUUAUCAACAUUUUCAUACGGCACUCGAAAGUCUCGCUGAAUACAAACCACGAUAUCAGCAUCAACAAAAGAAUGAUCACCCUUCCCAUAUGUACCUUUCGAACAAGCUCAGCUCCCACACCAUUCCUUCAGCAUCUGCCUUUGGAGAUGAACACCUUCCUUAUUCACCUUAUUAUUCGUUUGGUAUCAGCAACAACAGCUGUGCUUCCAGUUUUACGUCUAUAAGUUCUUCAACAUCGAUUGCCUCCUCUGAUGACUUUGAUCCAUUGCCCGAACUCCGAGCUUUUGGUAAAAAGGCAAUGAAGCGAGAAAAAUCCAGCUCUAAGAAAAUGACAUGUACCAUGGAUCCAUCAUUGGAAAAUCCAAACGAUAUGAUCGCGUAUUCUGAAAACAUUGAAAGCAAGCGAGACUUUUAUGGCUUCAAAUUGCCUACAGAAUGGGUAUCGAUCGAAGAGCUCUAUCGAUUUGACCGAGGUUACAAACCUAUUCUCGAGCGACAAGCAUCUAAAUGGGCUACAUUCCUGGCGGAGGCUGGCAAUCAUUUGCCCCCUUUAUGCUGCAAAUUGAAACGGUAUACUCGCAAAGGUGUGCCUCGCCACCUACGAAGUAGCGUGUGGAUGCAUUAUAGCGGUGCACAGGCCAAAAUGAAUGCCGACCCUGGGUUGUACAAAAGAUGUCUCGAUAUCGGAAAGGAGGAGAGCAAUGAACAUUUACAGAUUAUCCAGAGAGAUGCUCGGCGUACAUUCUCGGAAAACACCUAUUUCUCACAACCUGGUGCAUCAGUCGAUGAAGAAGACUUGGAAAGCAAUCCCAAACAACGUGCACUGAAAAACGUGCUUGUUGCAUUCACCACCCACCUUGGAUUUUAUCAUCCGUCAUUUGCGACACUUGCUGCUUUCUUUUUGCUUAUUGUGGAUGACGAGCACAAGGCUUUUUGGUUGCUUGAGCAAGUUGUAUUAUAUUAUUACCCCGAGAACGCCUUUAAUGGUCGUGAUCUUUCGAUUGAUCAAUCAGUGCUUAUGCAGCUUGUCUAUGAUAAGAUGCCUGGGGUAUGGAACAAGUUGAGCAAUAAGCGGUGUUUUUGGGAAUGCAGCAGCAAAAAGGGCCAAAUGCCUCCUGUUACUGUAGUCACGAGCCACUGGUUCCUUGAUGGCUUCAUCAACAUACUACCCAUUGAGACCAUCGUUAGAAUUUGGGAUUGUAUCUUCAUUGAGGGAUACCAAGUCUUGUUUAGGGUGGCAUUAACCAUUUUCAAGAUCAAUGAGUCCCAUAUCCAUUAUGCUUCAGAUGACAUUCAAGCGUCUCGGAUACUCCAAAAUACGCCUCGUGGAUUAAUCGAUUGUGAUGCAUUUUUGGAGGCAGUGUUUUCCAAAACCGGUGUUGCAAAUGAAAUUACUUUUCGUGAUAUCGAGCGUCGACGAGUAGUACUCCGUUAUCGAUGA